ACCGUCUUCGAUUCCUCUUUUAAGUUCCUCCACCGGAGUUCGAUUGCCGAGGAGCCUCGCCCGAAUCUAUUUCGUCGGUCUCCGGAGAAUUGUGGUCUUUAGGGGUUUGGAAGAGAUCGAAUUGCAGAGCUGAAAUUGAAGAAGAUUUGAAGAGGAAUUUUGCAGUGUGGAUGGGGAAGAAGAGGAAGUCGGUGGCGACGAGCCUGGACGAGGUCGAUCGAACCAUGUACGCCACCUUUUGUAGCGCCGCGAACUCGCUUUCGCAGCUCUAUACGCAGACCAUGAACCAGCAAAAGCUCUCCUUUCAAGCCGGUGAACGCCAUGGACUUGAAAAGCUUUAUCAAUGGAUUUUGAGGCAACAAGAGGGAGGUUCAAGAGUGACAACAGUUGAUGUACUCAGUUAUCUGCAGAAUGAAUUGGACUAUUGUGGAGAGGAGCCACCAAUGUCCCCUCGAGCACCAAUCGCUUAUCAGCAUGCCCAACAAAUAAUGCACCUCCCAAGUUCAGGCUUCCUGGUCUCCUCAGGUUCAUCUGCCCACACAAAUGCAGGGCAGGGCCCUCGGCCAGAGCACUGUGAUCAGCAGCCCAAGAAUUCAGUAUUUUCAAAUGCUCUGUCAAGCCCUGUUCGUCGCAACCUUCAAAACUAUCACUUUCCUCAGGGAGGCUACUGCCCAAAUGGUAGUGCACCAUUAGGAAACGGAGUCCGUAACAUUGAGACCAAUUUCAGCCAUCACCAAAACAGAGAUUCUAAUCCUCCCAGCUCCAAUGACUCCUCUAUGGACAUGCAUGCAGAUAGCCCAGGUCAUGAAUCUACUUACUGAAAAUGCCGAAAUAGCCAUCUCAGAAGCUGCUUGUUAUGUGCAGGUCAGAAGUUUGCAAUUCUCUUACUAUAGUGUUCACUAAAAUUUCUACAAGGUAGCAGAACAUGGAAAUGGUACUUCAUACAAGAAUAAACACAAGAUGCUGGUGACUUGUUCGAAGUGUGGGAAACCAAAGUAGGCAAGUGGCGUGUGUUCUCAUGGGGCAGAAGCAAUGUGACGAAGCACCAAAGCAGUCGGAUGAACCCUGUUGUUCUAUUGAAUUUUAUUAGUCUCUUUAGGUGUUUUAUGUAAAGCAUUUAUUUCAGAUAGAUUCUGAAACCUCUGGAUUGGUUUGAUACUCUUUGCUAACAUCAUCCUGUUUCUUCCUGUUGUGUUAUUAUUAUCUCUGUAAAUCUGUAAUUCUGUAUACUUACAGUGUAUACUAGAUUGUGGAUUCCAGUUGAUAUAUUAGUUUCAAGUUUCGACCCAGAAAA